CAGCAGAGGGCGCACGGAAUAUUCGUCACUUCCGGGAAUCCUAAUGGCGAGCCGUAAUCUGCACUAAAGGAAUAUCUGAUUUGGGAUGUCAGUUUCAGACCAGCGGUAGCUCUUCGUCGUGUCCUGGUCUGGCUAAAGGCUUCCCAGCGUGUCCUUAUCUGGUCGAUGGGCGCAAACAGCGGCCCGGGCGCGUCCCCGUGCGCGUCCCCAGUCGGUCCGUGGCGCAAGGUCCUGUACGCGCGCCAGCCGUUCCCCGACAACCACGUGGACCGCCGCUUCCUGGAGGAGCUCAGACGCAACAUCCGAGUCCGUCAGUACCGUUACUGGGCGGUGGUCCGCGAAACGGGCCUGGUUGCCCAGCAGGUGUCUUGCGUGGCAGUGUUCAUCACCUUGUGGUCUUGCAUGGACCAAGGGCGCCUGGGCCCGUCUGUGCUGCUGUGGGCCGCCACCGGCUGCGCCCUGCCGGGCUACGGACUCUACGAGAUGCUGGGAGGGAAGGACAGGGAGCGCCCCCGCCUGGCCGACCUGCAGAGCGCAGCCGUGUUUCUGGCCUUCACCUUCGGCUUCUCCCCCGUGCUGAAGACGCUGACCGAGUCGGUCAGCACGGACACUGUGUACGCCAUGUCCGCGGUGAUGCUCCUGGCCCACCUACUGUCCUUCCCCUACACGCAGCCCAGUCCCCCCGGCAGCCUGUCCCUCAACGCAGCGCUCUUUGCCUCGGUGUGCCUGGCCUCGCGGCUGCCUGGUGCGCUACACACCUUCGCCAUGCUCAGCUGGGCCUUGCUUGUGUUCGCCCUGUGGCCCUGCCUGUUGCAUCGCCUCAGGGAGCGGGCCGAGUGGAGUUUCCCUUGGGCAGCAGGACUGGUGUGCGCAGGCGGGGUUGGAGGACUGGGUGCCGUCUGGCCCGGAGGGGCUCUCUUGCUGUCUCUGGCGCUGCUGGUGCUGACUUUAGCCUGUCCGCUGCUCCUGGUGUGUCUACAGCGGCACAAGGAUAACAUUCACGGCCCUUGGGAUGAGGCAGAGAUUAGAGAGGACCUGUCACGUUUUCUGAGCUAAGGAGACGUGAAAAUAAGAGAAUGGAAUUUAUUUUUAAAGCAUCAUCUAUUUUUUAAAUUAAAUAUUGCACAUUUUAGGACGCUGAGGAAGGGAGCUGUUAAUUUUGAAAGUUUUGCACUUUGAUAUAGAACUCAGGGAAAAUACAGCUGUUAUGACCUGACGGUUCUACAACGCUCGCAUCGGUUAAUGAACUGUAUUGACUAAAUAUACUUAUUUGUACCUUUUAGUGGUUUGGCUAAUUGUGAACAACUGGAACAGUAUUUUAAAAAUGAACAGUUACUAUUAAAAUAAAUAGGUAAAAUUAUUUAAA